AAAUGGCAAAGCUAGAUGAAAAAAUUGGUUUCAUUGGUGGCGGUAAUAUGGCAUUUGCCAUUGGAUCUGGAUUAAUAAAUCGUGGAAUUGUUAAGACUGGACAGGUCUUGGUAUCCGGACCUAAUAUAGAAAAUUUACAAAGAUGGCGUGAUAUUGGUGUCGCCACGACUGAUGACAAUAAUGAGGUGCUAGAUAAAUCCGAUAUAAUUUUCAUUUGUGUUAAGCCGCAUAUUUUGACACCAUGUGCGGUGCAACUGCGUAAUAAUCAUGUACGCACAAUUAAGGAUAAAGAUAAGCUGUUUGUGUCCGUAUUGGCGGGAGUUAGCCUACAUGAUUUGGAGGAGAAUUUCUCUUUCAUUGAUGGCUUAAAAAUGAUACGCACCAUGCCCAAUACACCCAUGCAAGUUGGUGAAGGUUGUACGGUAUACACUCCUGGCUCCUAUGUGGUACAGCAAGAUUUGGAAAAAGUCCAUUUAAUGUUAAAUUCUUUGGGUAUUGCUCAACAAGUACCCGAGUCAAUGAUAGAUUGUGUUACCGGUGUGUCAGGUUGUGGUCCAGCUUUUGUUUAUACCAUAAUUGAGGCUUUGGCCGAUGGUGCUGUUAAAAAUGGUGUACCACGUCAAAUGGCACUGCAAUUUGCUACACAAACUGUUUUGGGUGCUGCAAAAACCGUUAUGGUUACCGGUAAACAUCCUGCCGUUUUGAGAGAUGAAGUCUGCUCGCCCGGUGGUGCUACUAUUGUCGGUGUACAUGAAUUGGAAAAGGGGAAUUUGAGAUCCACCAUCAUCAAUGCCGUUGAGAAAUCCUCUCAACGAUCUGCUGAACUUGGACGUAAAGGCAAAUAA